CGGUCACAGCAGUUGUUACUUGACAAGAUUAAUUCUUAAUUUGAAAUAUCAAGAGCAACGAAACUCGUUUGCGCAGAAUUUUAAAGAGCCGCGAAAAGUGCAGAGCAGAGCGGAGUGCAUAAGCAAAGUGCAGACUAAAUUGCAGCAGCAGCCGCAGCAGCAACCAUCGCAACUAACUGGAAAAUGUAAACAAACAAAGUCAGAGCGGCUAAACAACUUUCAGACAACAGGCAGUAAAAACCAUAACAACAACUACAGCAACAGCACUGAGGCCGACGACAACAGUUAAAGAAUCUCGGAAACAAGUACCGCGGCUCCAACUCACAGCUCAACGUGUGUGAAUGUUAAUGGGAAAAAAGCCGAAGAGCCGAGAGCCAAGAGCGAGCCAACUGAUCGAGAGAGAGCGCGAGCUGAGUCCGGGGCCAUGAUCUUAACCAACGACACUGAGGCUUCCUCGUCAGUUGUCGGUCAGACGCGCACGCAUGCGCAUGUCAUAAGCAGAGCUCACGUCAAUUGAUUUGCAUACUCAGCGAGUAGCAGUGGAUCAAGCUAAAAUACGAAAGAAAUAAAAACUAAAAAUACCGCGCGCUAAGCCGUUAGACCGUAGGUGUGUGCGAAUGAAGUAAUUGCAGGUGAGCGCUACAAGGCCCGCCUCGCCUUGUCUCUCUGUCUGCGUCUGUGUCUCUGUCGCUAUUUUGGCCAGAGAGUAAAUAGAAAACGUGCUAAAUGCAGCAGCGAAAUUGCAAAAGCAAAAAGAAAGCAAAACUAGCGCAUGCCACGCACUGUCAAAAGAAUUUGUGAAAUUUAGCAAUACCUACAACAGAAAAAAAAACUAAUAGUCAAUUGAAAAUUGAAACUGUGUUUACGUGUUAAUCUGGUUUUCAAUAGUUGGGCAUUGUCUGUAGUGCUGAGUGCCUAGCGGUUAGCCCAGUUAAUGUUUGCUCAAGCGCAACCAAAAGGGCAAUUGAUCUUGAUCGCUUGACCAACUAAUUGUCUGCUAUUAUUUGCUGCAAAUUGUCAGCUGGAAAGCGUUGAAAAUGCAAAAGUCAACAGCAGUGCACAGAAAACACUACAGCGACCAUAAUUGGCUACAAAGUGAGAGCCAGUGCAGCAGCAGCAGCAGCACAUCCUCCACAGCGCCUAAUAGAAAUCUCAAAAGCAGGCGCCACAGCAUGACAAGCCACUUCAACUUUACAAAGAACCGGCUGCUGCUCUGGUCAGCAUUGGCCGUUGCGCUGGCCACGCUGACCAUGUGCAAUGCAAUUGAAACGGAUGCAACAACACCUUCUGCCAAGACAACGACACCAAUGUCGUCCCUCGAUGACUGGCAGCCAAUUGCAAUGAAUGCCACACAGAGCGCGAGCAGCAAAAAAAGCGACUCAGUGCUCUUGCGCCUGGCCCGGCGUUUCUCCAGCGGCAACGAGCUCUGGGAUGGCAUUGUGCGUGAGUGCUACAACCAGCCAGACAUGUCCUGCUUUCAAAAGAAUGUCUACAGCUACCUAAGUGACGCACUCGAGCAGCGAGACGUCAACAUCACACAACGUCUCAAGUUCUACAAGAAUCAAGUGCAAUACGAGCUGGAUCCGGAGGGGGAACCCGCUGAGCUGCCCACAGUGGCACAGGCACGUUCAGCUGACCAGCCGGAAACGCCCAUCGAGGAAGUGACAAAUGCACUUUAUGGGAAGUCAAUUAAAUUUGCAUUGACACACGAUGUGGAAGUUGAUUUGCCCGAGAUUGUGUUCAACGGCGCCACAUUUCGCAUAUCGCCGCGUUCAAUUGAAGGCAAUGGUGUCAUUGCCAAACUGGAGCUCAUACCCAAGCAGCUUGUCGAGGCUCGUCUGGCAGGCACUAUGAUAAAGAAAAAAAUACAAAAAUUCCUGCGCAACAAAUUGCUGCUGUCAUUCAUUGCUUUGGUGCUCAUCAUAAAGAUCAUCAAAAUCAAGUUAUUCUGGUUGCUGCCAAUUGUCAUUGGAGUUGGUGCGGCCAAAAAGCUGCUGCUGAAGUUCCUGCUGUUCCUCUUCCCAGCGUUAUCGCAUCUCUUUAAGCUCUGCUCCUACUACCAGCAGUCCUACCACGGCACCAAAUACCAUCAUCAUCAUCAUUUAAUCAAUCAUCAUCAUACGGUGGUGCCGCCUUGGCAUAGCAGCGAGCAGCAGCACAAUUCGGUGCCGGAAAUCAUAUAUACGCAUCCGCCAAAAGGACAUCCGUCGGCGUACUUGCAUGGCGCGCCCGUGCACGAAAGUUACGGUCCAGGACCCGGACAUGAGCACUUCGAGGGCGCGUGGGAGAACAGCGGACCCGGCCUGGGCUCUGAAUAUAUAGGCGAUAUAAAUCGCGUUGCACAAGUUGAAGAGAACGCGCAUUACUUUAAACCUCACACAACAAACGAUGCUAAUGAGUUGCAUGCCUGGGGUUUGGGAACGACACAAAAGCAAUUACAACAGCUUCAGCAGCAACACCAGCAGCAGCAGCAGCAGCAACGCUGGCCAGCCACACAACAACAAAGACCACCCACAGCAGCGCAACACAAGCAACAGCAACAACAACAACAACAACAACACCCAGUGCAUGUCUCUAGUCACAGUUUACAUAAAUUACAGAAUCUGGACAAACAAAGCUCGAGGCCAGCAUUUACGCAACAGCAUCCGGCGUACGCUGCCGCUCCUCCGAGACAGAAUCUGAGCCCAGGACUCACAGCUGCCGCACAAAUUGCGGCUCAGUACGAGCCAGCGCGCAAUCAUCCACAGCAACAGCAGCCGCAGCCGCAGCAGCAGCAAGAAUCACAAUUAUCGCCCGAGCUGGCCGCUCAACUAAAGGAAGCCAUACGCAUACAGGCCGAGCAGCGAUUAAUCCAGCAGCAGCAGCACAUCUUGGAGCAUCAGCCAUUUGUACAGGACGGACAGCCGCUGUAUCCACUCAACUAUGAUCCGUUCUAUAGCCCCAUAUUGCUGAAAAUCGAUAAGAUUAUUGAACAGCUAGGCGUUAAGAAUGAUUUAUGCAAGGAGCGCAUCGUUUGCAGCAUGUACAAGGAUCCGGCCACCUACAGUCCGCACAGCAACUUCAUAUCAGCCGAGCUGAGUCGAGAUACCAGCGAACUGGAGCCCGUGACGCAUGCCAAUGAGGCAGUGCGUCGCUUCUAUCGACUCAUUCAAGCAGCACGAGAUGGACAGGAUCAAAAGGAUUGCCAGAGCCUCUAUCCGCAGUGCAAUAUGCCAGCCAAUUGAGGGCUCUCUUUUUCUCUCUCUUAUGAGCGGCAUUGAGUUCCAGCAAUUAUUAAGUCAACAUUUACUUGUUAAAUCGAAACUGUGAAUAUGCGAAUAUGUAAACUUUAGGCGUAAUUUAAUUGUUAAAAGCAUUAUUUAUUUAUUUAUUUGUAUAAUUUAAGCAUCGAAUGUAAUUUAAAGUGACGCCCACGUAUUGCUACAUUAAUACUCAUUCUGAUUUUGUUGGUAAUCGUUACAAAUUUAUUGCAUUGCAAAUCGAUUUUAUUUUAUGCCGUGCAAGCAAACAUUGUAACAUAAAAUGAAAUCAGGAUUUUUAUUAAUUUAAACGCAAACAGUCAUGGUCGCAUGUCAAAUUAUUAACUAUAUAUACACAUGUACACAUACCAUAUGU